AUGCAACAAGAUGAAGAGAGAAAUUUCUUUUCCUUGCUGAGCAAUAAUUCGGAAGAAGAAUGGAUGAAUCAUCCUCUCCUAUUAAUUUUCCUCAUGAUGAGUUUAAUAUUCGCCUUGUUCAUAUUUAAUUACAAGAAGAAGAAAACAAUGAAUAACACCAUGAUACAACAAAUUGAAACUCUUGAUUAUUCAUCAGUUGAAGAACAAAUCAAUGAUGAAGAUGAUGAAGAAUUAAUCAAUGAUGAAGACGAUGAAGUAGAACAAGAACUUUCGAAAGAUGAAGAAUUACUUGCAAAAGUAUCAUCAACACAAUUUGCAAAGGAAGAAGACACUUUAAAUUAUUCCAUUUCGGAAUCAUCAUCAGAUGAAGAAAUUGCACAAGAAGAACAACCGACAAUAACAGAAUUCAAGCAGGAAUCAACCACAAGAAGAACCUCAAGGAAUAGUACUAAUACUGAUGAAGAAGCUCAUGCAAUUUCCUCUUCAACAACAACAAACAUUGAAGCAGCAAUUAAUCAUAAUAGAUUGUUAUUGCAACAAUUGCAAAAUUCAUCCUCAUCCUCUCAUCAACACGUUUCAGCAACCUCAUCUCCUCAGAAACAACAGCAGGGACAUUUGCUUUCCACUCAUUCCUUCCUUAUGGUAUGCUCAAAAUGCAAUAAUCUCUUUGCUACCUUUAUUCCACCAAAACAGGAUUCAACAUUGAAGGAGCCAGUCUUUCCUGAACGAUUUAAAACACAUCCAUUCACAUUUGGAGUUCUUUUAGGAGAUAAUAAGAGAAGAAAUGUUGCAUUUACACCUAGGUUUUCUGAGGAAGAUGGAGAACAAUUGUUUAUUCCAACAUUGUGUCAACCUGAUUCGAAAUAUUUGGAAGAGGAAUUUGAUUGUAGGAAAAUUCAAGAAUCAGACCUUGCAGAAAUGAAAGAUAAAUGUAAAAUGGCUAGGGAUAUGGGAAAACUAUUGAGAUUAUUUUGUAAGAAGUGUGGAACUAAGGUUGGCUCAAUUUUAAAAGAACCACUCCAAUUGUCAGUUACUGAAGAUAUCAAAUUACCUUUUAAUACUUUUAUGGAUCAAGAGGAUUGUUCCAUAGUCGAGAAAUGUCACUGCAACCAUUCAGACUCAGUCGAUAUGAAUACGUAUAUUAACAGUGAAAAUAUUGUCAAUGUUUCAGAUUCUUCAACAUUUAGAAAAGUUUCUUUGGGUGAAUGGAAGUAUAGCUCAUUAGCUAGUAUGCUUUUUGAUAUGCCAGACGUUCCACCAAAGAAUUCAUCAACUCACCAUAACCGAAAUAGGAAUUACCACAAUAAUAAUAGCAAUAACAAUGGAAGAGGAAGGUUCCCACAAAGAAAGUUCAAUAAUAAUCAACCACACAGAAGAAACAAUCAAAGACCAAAAUCAUCCAAUCCACAGCAACAACAACAACAGAAACAGCAAUCCUCUCAGAAAGUUCAAUCACCACCACAACGAACACAAGAAUCAACAACAACAAACAAAGAAGGUGGUGGCAAAUCAAAGAAGAAGCGAUCCCAAAAGAGAAAGAAAAAGAACAACUCCAAUGAACCAGAAAAUAAGAAGAUUAAAGUUGAAGCAUCAACCACUACCACUCCUUCAAAUUCUCAAAAUUAA